UUAGAAGAGGGAUGAAGAGAGAGAUUCGAUUCGAACCUCAUGUGCGUUUGGUAAAUGCAGCAAUAGACUUUUUAAACUAAUCUCUCGAUUUCCAUUUCUCUUUCUUACGAAAUACAAUCAUCUUCUCUCUCUCUCUCUCUCUCUCUCUCUCUCUCUCAAGAAGCAUCGACUGGGAUCAAAACUCCGUUCUGCUGAAGCUCCAGAUCUCCUCACAUCCGAGAAUCGACAGAGAAUUACGAACCAGAUCAGCCCCUCGAUCAGGCAGGCUGCGAUCUGACCUAGGCUUUAAAAUUGAAGGUGCAAGAGAAGAGCAGAUCUUACAAAGAAAGAGAGGAUGGCAGUGACUCUUGCUCCAGGGUUGUCUCGGAAGUUGAAGAAGGUACUGGAGUCACGUACGGACACACCAGAUGUGCUCGCAUCAUUGUAUACCCUGUCCACCUUCUACACGGAUAACAGCCAUCAAGCACGUAGGAAUCUCAGAUCCACCAUUGAGAAGAGAUCUCUAUCCAUCAACCAUGAAUUCCUCCUCGCCUCCGAAGCUGCUCAAGAGGCGUUGGAUAGAGUGGAGGAAGAAGUCAAUGCCUUAGUCGAAUGUUGUGAUAUGAUUUCCAAGGCAUUAAGCGGAUGUAAUACAACUACGGGAGAUAUCAUCAGUACCACAGAGAGGCUCAAACAAGAACUCGAGGUCACCACACAACGACAAGAGAUUGUAUCAUGCUUCCUCCGUGAUUAUCAACUUUCUAAUGAGGAGAUAAAUGCAUUGAGGGAAGAAGAGCUGAAUGAGAAUUUUUUUAACGCACUUUCACACGUUCAAGAGAUUCAUGCCAAUUGCAAGAUAUUGCUUAGGACACAUCACCAGCGUGCAGGUCUGGAGCUGAUGGAUAUGAUGGCUGUAUACCAAGAAGGAGCAUAUGAGCGCCUAUGCAGGUGGGUUCAAGCGGAGUGUAGGAGACUGGGUGAUACUGAUAAUCCUGAAGUUAGUGAGCUUUUGAAGACAGCUGUUCGCUGCCUGAAAGAAAGGCCUGUUCUUUUCAAGUACUGCGCGGAAGAGGUGGCGAAUAUGAGGCACAAUGCAUUGUUUAGACGGUUUAUAAGUGCUCUUACUCGUGGAGGACCUGGCGGGAUGCCUAGACCCAUUGAAGUGCAUGCUCAUGACCCUUUACGUUAUGUAGGCGAUAUGUUGGGGUGGCUGCAUCAGGCCUUGGCAUCUGAAAGAGAACUUGUACUUGUAUUACUCGAUCCAGAUGCAGUGAUAAAUACUGGACCAACUGCCCGCCGCUUUUCCAAGAACACAGAAAGUGAUCCAAUAAAAACUGAAUCUGACAUGACAUUUGUUCUGGAUAGAAUAUUUGAAGGGGUAUGCCGGCCGUUUAAAGUGAGAGUUGAGCAAGUCCUGCAGUCUCAACCUAGUCUUAUAGUUUCAUAUAAACUCAGUAAUACAUUGGAGUUCUACAGCUACACUAUUGCAGACUUGCUGGGAAGAGAAACAGCUCUCUGUAAUACAAUUUGGUUACUCAAGGAUGCUGCUCAGCAGACUUUCUUUGACAUCCUCAAGGCUCGGGGAGACAAACUUUUAAGGUACCCUCCCCUGGUUGCAGUUGAUCUAUCCCCACCACCAGCAGUUAGAGAAGGGAUCACUGUGCUGCUUGAGAUAAUUGAUAACUAUGACAGCAUGAUGGUUCCCGCUUCAGGAAAGAAGCCCAACUUUGAUCCCGUGAUUACUGCUUUACUAGAUCCUAUUGUUCAGAUGUGUGAACGAGCAGCAGAGGCGCACAGGGCUAAAGGAGUAAUUCACUCAUCGAGAAGAAGUAGAAUGAGUACUGACCCGAGCCAACUCAGUAGAGAUUCUUCAUCUGUUGAUGCAAUUUUGACCAGCAAUAAUUCUAGCUCUUCCACUCAGAAUACUGAAGCUCCCUCCAAGAUAUUCCUCAUCAACUGCUUAUCGGCCAUUCAGCAGCCCUUGUUAGGGCAUGAUGUUGCUGCCAAAUACGUGAGUAACCUUGGAUCUAUGAUCGAGAUGCAUGUCAACAUUCUUGUGGAAAAAGAAGUGGAUUCCAUUCUAAGAAGAUGUGGUUUGUCAAGCAAGAUGCCGUACAUUCACAAGUCAAUGAACAAGGAGCAGGCUGAUGACAUUGGUCCUUUGUCAGAGGUAGAGGACAUGUCACCGCCCUUGCUUUCGGAGUGUUUAAGAACUUUCUUUGGGCUCGUGUCUGGGAGUGAAGGUUCCCUCCCAGAAUUCGAGCAGAUGCAGGACCCUCGGCUGUGCUCUAAGACCUUGAUCUGUCUGGCAAGGUCACUGGCAGAAGCAUAUGAACUCGUCUACAAAGCGAUCAUUGAUCCCAAAAAUCGUUACCCUGACCCCAGGUCCUUGGUAAGGCAUCCUCCGGAUCAGAUACGGACCAUCUUAGGGAUUUGAAACCGUUACUUUCUAUCUGCUGCGAAUGGAAUACCAUUUCUGCUCAUAUUUUUGCUAGCAAUCAUAAUAAUCAAGAGAGAUCGUAGUGCUUUGGCACUUGAUUAAAGCACUUGGAUUCUUGUUUUACAACUAUUGAGUAUCAGAUUCAUGCAUCACUACUGGUUUUGUAUUUGAUAAAAAAUGCUGUCAUCCGUUCCUUCUCUUA